UGGCUCAGUCUCAAUGGGGGCACUGGGACUGGAGGGCCGGGGUAGGAGGCCCCAGGGUAAGGGCUGCCUCCUGCUGGCUGUGGCAGGAGCCACCUCCCUGGUGACCCUGCUGCUGGCUGUGCCUAUCACUGUCCUGGCUGUGCUGGCCUUGGUGCCCCAGGAGCAGGGAAGACUGGUAGCGGGGACUGCUGAUCCAGGAGUGCAGGCCCAGGCCCAGCAGCGAUCAGGGUCCCAGGAGCUGCCAGAGAACGAGGCAGAAACCGAUCUCAGCCCCAGGCUGCCGGCUGCCCACAUCAUAAGUGCUUGGACCAACCGUCAAGGGAUAGGCUGGGAGGCGAAGAAAGAAGAGGCGUUUCUGAGGGGCGGGACGCAGUUCUCGGGCGCCGAAGGGCUGGCCCUCCCCCUGGACGGCCUCUAUUACCUCUACUGUCACAUCGGCUACCGGGGCCGGGCGCCCUCUGCCGGCGGGGGCCCUCCGGACCACUCGGUCACGCUGCGCAGCCGGCUGUACCGGACGGGGGGCGCGUACGGGCCCGGGACUCCUGAGCUGCUGCUCGAGGGCGCCGAGACCGUGACUCCGGUGUUGGACCCGGCGGGGAGGCACGAGUACGGGCCCCUCUGGUACACGAGCGUGGGGUUUGGCGGCCUGGUGCAGCUCCGGAGGGACGAGAGGGUGUACGUCAAUAUCAGUCAUCCCGAUAUGGUGGAUUAUAGGAGAGGGAAGACCUUCUUUGGGGCUGUGAUGGUGGGGUGAGGGCCGCCGCGUUCCCGGGAAAACGACUGCAUGGUGGGGAUGUGUGAAUCAUUCCAGAUGUUGGGGACCCAUACACCAGGGCCCCGCAGCUGUGAGGAAAAUGUUAAGAGUUUGUUUGGAAACUGAUUUUGAGCCUGAUAAAAAUAAAGAAUGUAAAAAU